UUUACUUUUCAAUCGAGUACUUUGCUCCAUCAUGAAGGUCGUAAUUUUUUUACUCCUGAUUGCCGUCAUCAAAAUACAGGCCCAACUUCCUGCUGGAGCGUGCCACCUGAAUUAUUCACCCUAUUGUGGGUUUGCUGAAGGUUGCGUAGUUAAUGCAGGAAACAAAUGCCAUUUGGAGGGCCAAGAAAAAAUAAGGGUUAAGGCAAAUAAGCCACCAUUUAUAAAAAUGGAACCCGGAAGAUGUCCAGGGAAUAUCCCAAGCUGUGAACACACAAUUUUGUAAGUGCUGAGAUGCGAGUCCACAGAGAAAGAAAUUUAAUAAAAACUCUGAUGAUUUGUUA